AUGUGUCGGCCCCCAGAGACUGACGACUUCUUUUUUAUUAUGUUCAUUUGUGCUCACCAUUUUGAUUCUCUCCAACUCUUCUCCUCUCGCCUCCUCUCUCCUCAUGUUUCUCUCUCUCUCUCUCUCUCUCUCUCUCUCUCUGUCUCUCUCUCUCUCUCUCUCUCUCUCUCUCCAUAUGUUUUCCCGCCUUUCCAAUCGAACCAUAUUCGGAUCCUAACUUUCCUUCCAACCUUGGGGUCAACCGUUUUCUUUUUCGGACUACCCUUUAUCCUGAUUGUCUGUUCCUUCGAGUCAAUACUUACCACAUUCCACGAAAUAACGACUCUGCAACCAACUCUUCUCCAUUGUCUUCCUGCUAUCCUCUCUGACUUCUUUUACCCAAGCAGUUUUGGGCCAAAAACUAUCAAUGUUCGAUUCGAUGAAGAGACGAACGGGUCGGUUAUAGGCCGUAAAAAUGAUUUAAGUUUCUUUCAUCUCUCUCUCUCUCUCUCUCUCUCUCUCUCUCUCUCCACUUCACUUUCUUUCAACCUCUCUCUUUCCACCUCUCUCUCUCUCUCUCUUUCAACCUCUCUCUCUCUCUCUUUCAACCUCUCUCUUUCCUCUUCUCUAUUUCAACCUCUCUUUCCACCUCUCUCUCCCUUCCCACCUCUCUCUUCCUUCCCACUUCUCUCUUUCCUUCCCCACCUCUCUUUCCCUCUCUCUUUUACACCUCUCUCUCUUCCCACUUUUCUCGUUCGACCUCUCUCUUUCAACCUCUCUCUUUCCACCUCUCUCUCCCUUCCCACCUCUCUCUUUCUUCCCACCUCUCCCUUUCAUCCUCUCUCUUUUCACCUCUCUCUCUCCCCACCUCUCUCUUUCAACCUCUCUCUUUCCCCCUCUCUCUCUUCCCACCUCUCUCUUUCAACCUGUCUUUUUCCAUCUCUCUCUCUUCCCACCUCUCCCUUUCAACCUGUCUUUUUCCAUCUCUCUCUCUUCCCACCUCUCCCUUUCAACCUCUCUCUUUCCACCUCUCUCUCUUCCCACCUCUCUCUUUCAACCUUUUUUCCAUCUCUCUCUUUUCCCACCUCUCUCUUUUCAACCUCUCUCUUUCCACCUCUCUCUCUCUCUUCCCACCUCUCUCUUUCCACCUCUCUGUGA